ACUAGAACGAGAUCAUCAAGAUGCCUGACAAUAAUUAAAAUUGAAAGAGGAUACAGAGCGUUAAGAUUAGAUUGUAAAUAUUUCCUUUACUGGGAACAUCAUUCAGAACACAGAACUAUACAGGAAUAGGCAUUAAACACAGUGACAGACAAAAUUAAUUGAUAUACAUCACUGCGACCGCAAAUCUCAGUGCGUUGAUUAGCCAAAUGGUCAGUUAUUGAUACACCUCGGUGUUUAAUGGGUGCUGCCUUAAACUAAAAUGAAAUUUUUGAAUUAAUUUUGUCCCAAAAUGGAUGUAUUCUGGGUUAUUUUCCUUCUUUUGGGAGCGUUAUUUAAAUACGGAAGCAAUGGAGAUGCAGAAACAGUUACAGCGUCUCCGUUAAACGCCUGCCAGUCACUUCGCCCGGGCGACAUAGACUUCCAAUCAGUGGAUCUGAUAGCGGUGUACCGUUUGGACGGAGCUGAUACAACAGGGGUCACCUUGGUCCAGGGCUCCCAGGACCUGCAGAGGGCGUACCGCGUUGGGGAUGGAGCGAAUCUUACUUUGCCUUUACGCGAGGCUCUGCCAGCGGGUUUACCUUCAACGUUCACUAUAACUUCUACCUUCAGAACCAACAAUCGCCGACCGUGGAGUCUUAUCAGAGUUCGUUCUACUUCUCUUCUUUUCUCUAUAACUCUCUUACCAAAUGUUAAGAAGAUGGCCGUUUUCGUUCAGGGAUCACGUGUUGUCUUCUCUACGCCCACACUGUUCAAGCCGUUCUGGCACAAAGUUCAUAUAGCUAUAGACAACGAUACUGUACACGCGGCCAUAGACUGUAAUGAGUUGGAGCCGGAAUCAAUAGGUGGAUGGGACUUUGAUAACGCGACCAGCAUCAGUAUCGUCUCCAACGAUGAUGGAACACCAGCUCCUGUAGACCUCCAAUGGCUGUCAUUGAGUUGCAAUCGCUACAACAUUACAGAAGACAGUUGUGAAGAAAUCGAAAUACCGGAGUCACUUAUCGCAACCGUCACUCCUCCAAUCGUAACACCGGGAGUAAACGACUUUCCUCUUGUAUGUAAUCAAACAUGUCCACCAGGUCCAGUGGGUCCGCCGGGGCCACCGGGAGAGGUUGGUCCUCUUGGGUACACGGGACUGCCAGGGAAACGAGGCGUGGACGGGCCUCCAGGCCCCCGAGGUCUGACGGGACCUAAAGGAGAAAAAGGAGACAUAGGUCCUCCGGGCUCUGCAAGCAAUGUCUCCGUGAUUGGCUCGCCAGGGGUACCUGGGAGAAAAGGUUCCAAAGGUGACAAAGGAGAUUCGGGAGAAAAAGGUGAUAGAGGUGAUGUGGGCCUAGUGGGCCUGGCUGGAGUCCCCGGUGUUGAUGGGAAGGAUGGUCCACCAGGUCCCGUCGGUCUUCCAGGGGCCCCCGGUGAACCUGGCCCUGUGGGCCCCCCAGGACCCGCCAGUAAAGGAUUUUUUCCUCUUGUGCAAGGUAGUAAGGGCGAGCAAGGAAUUCCGGGGAAGCCUGGUAGAGAUGGCUACCCCGGGGUGAGAGGUUUACCAGGAUUAGAUGGAACACCGGGAAGUCCGGGUAUCCAAGGGAUGCAAGGGUUACCUGGAUUGCCCGGAGAGAGAGGUUUGAUUGGUCUUCCGGGUACUCCGGGAGAAAUGGGCCCUGAAGGUCCAGCGGGACCCCAAGGUCCGCCAGGUCUUCCAGGACCCGCCGGUCCUCCGGGUGUGAGUACAUCAACAGCUGGCGUUACCGUUCCAGGCCCUCCAGGGCCACCGGGUUUAAUGGGUCUGAAAGGUGAACAAGGAUUCCCAGGAUUGCCAGGGCGAGAUGGUUUAGACGGUAUACCUGGGGUACCCGGGCAGAGGGGUCCUCCAGGGCCCCCCGGUUCACUUAGCUUAGUACAAGAACAGCGUCCAUCAUUAUCAGAAAACGACGUGAGAAACAUCUGUGAGGACAUAAUAAAAGUGCGUCUGGCUGACUUUUCAUCGGGUCUUGUGAUGCCAACUGCGAAACCGGGACGCAGAGGCCCCCCAGGACCGCCGGGGGCACCAGGGAGCCCCGGUUCCGUGGGCGAAACAGGACCGAUGGGUCCCAGGGGGUAUCCGGGUGAAACAGGCGAACCUGGUCGACCAGGAUAUCCAGGACCCAGCGGCGAUAAAGGCGACAAAGGGGAUAGAGGUCCUCAAGGAGUGGGCAUCCCAGGUCCAGAGGGAUCACCCGGGAUGACUGGUCCCAUGGGUCCCGCUGGGAUCGAAGGAAGAACUGGACCUCGGGGUGAUCCGGGCCCGUCAGGUCCUGCAGGCCCACGGGGAGUUCCAGGUCCAAGAGGAAGCUGCGACUGUUCAUCAUCAGCGUAUUACGCGUACGCGCCCAUUUUAGGGAACAACAAAGGACCCUAGCAAUAUAUUUUAAGAUAAAACAUUAAACUACCUUAUGUUUAACAUUAAUACUGGCGUUCAGAAUAUAAAAAUCUUUUCACAUAUAAUAAUAUAUUAUUAUAAUUAGCGAUUGUACUUAAGAUGAAUAAAUAAAUACAAUUAUAAAAUAUU